CUCCCUUCAGUCCAUUUCUUUUGUCUUCUAAGGAACACAAGCCAUGGUGAAGGAAAGCAUAGAGGAAGGGCAAUUAUCCAGUCCUUUGAUUGUUGCAGAUAAGCCCUGUGAAAAUGGCUGCAGUGGUGAUGGUCAUGAGGGGAUGGGUGGCUCCUCUGCUACAUCUGUUCUUGUUCUCAGCACCUUGAUAGCUGUUUGUGGUUCAUAUGUUUUUGGGACAGCGGUGGGUUAUUCAUCACCUACUGAGUCUGGGAUCAUGGAUGAGUUAGGCCUCUCUUUGGCUGAGUACUCGCUUUUUGGUUCAAUAUUGACAAUUGGAGCAAUGUUAGGUGCAAUAGUAAGUGGGAGGAUAGCUGAUCUCAUUGGUCGGAGAGGCGCAAUGGGAUUUUCAGAGGUGUUCUGCAUCAUGGGUUGGCUUGCAGUAGUAUUCUCAAAGGAUGCUUGGUGGCUUGACUUUGGAAGACUGUCAAUAGGAUGUGGAAUGGGACUUCUUUCUUAUGUGGUACCUGUAUACAUAGCAGAAAUAACUCCCAAGAAUCUCCGAGGAGGGUUUACAACAGUUCAUCAGUUGAUGAUAUGUUGCGGCUCAUCAAUAACAUUUCUCUUGGGUACUCUUGUCAACUGGCGAAUCUUGGCUCUUAUUGGAACAAUUCCAUGCCUAAUACAAAUUGUAGGAUUACCCUUCAUUCCAGAAUCUCCUAGGUGGCUGGCCAGGUCUGGUAGAUGGCAAGAUUGUGAGGAUGCUCUACAGCGUCUAAGAGGAGAGGGUGCAAUUAUUUCUCAAGAGGCAGCUGAGAUUAAAGAUUAUUCAGAAACCCUCCAGCGGCUUUCUGAAGCUACAAUUCUUGAUUUGUUCCAGUGGACUUAUGCCCGUUCACUCAUUGUUGGAGUUGGGCUGAUGGUACUGCAACAAUUUGGAGGUGUUAAUGCGAUUGUAUUUUAUGCCAGUGCUAUUUUCGUAUCUGCUGGCUUUUCAGGUCGUGUUGGAAGUAUAGCCAUGGUUGCUGUUCAGAUUCCAAUGACUACAUUGGGCACAAUUUUAAUGGAUAAAUCUGGACGACGGCCACUUCUGUUGGCCUCGGCAGCAGGGACAUGCUUGGGUUGCUUCUUUGUAGGAAUUUCAUUCUUAUUGCAGGGCCUUCAAGGGUGGAAGGAGUUAGGACCAAUUUUUGCACUUCUUGGUGUGCUGAUAUAUGACGGAGCUUUCUCAUUAGGCAUGGGAGGAAUUCCAUGGGUUAUUAUGUCAGAGAUAUUUCCUAUAAACAUGAAGGGUUCAGCAGGAAGCCUUGUGACACUGGUCAGCUGGCUUGGUUCUUGGAUUAUUUCAUAUGCUUUUAACUUCCUAAUGAAAUGGAGCUCAGCAGGAACCUUCUUCAUAUUCUCAAGCAUAUGUGGCAUAACUGUUCUGUUUGUUGCCAAGCUGGUACCAGAGACCAAGGGGCGAACACUUGAAGAAAUACAAGCAUCAAUGAAUCCCUUAUCAACAAAAGAUAUACAUAGCAUAUCAUAAGGGUGUGGCUUAAUUGAUUGUAAUCCACAUCCAGCAUUCAAGCCUGUAGCUCAGUUACAACCAGUUGGUUUAAGUUCUGUAAUCCAGUUCACUCAGGGGAACUAACCACAAAUAAUGACAUGUAAAAAAACUUUGGAAUACUGAUUUUGAAUAAUUAACUACCUGAUCCCAUAUGAAGAAGGGUUCUGAAUCUCAAUGAGUUUUUUAAA